ACCACGUGACUGCGGCGCACGGCGGAUUUUGAUGACGUCAUUCGCGUGCGUCCACCCGCCUGCGCUCAGUCGACAAUGGCGGCGUCUCCGCUGAAGGAGGAACCAGCGCCCGAAGACUGCUCGCUACUCCCGCUGGUCUACGAUAUCAUAAAAUGCAUGGACAAGGACAGCCCAGAUGUUCACCAGGAACUGAAUAAGCUGAAAACUAAAAUCCAGGAGGCCCGAGAGCAAAUUGUGACAAUGCCUGGCAUCGGAUUGAGCCCGGAGCAGCAGAAACAGCAGUUUGAGAACCUGAAGGAGCAGGUCCGCACGAAAAACGAACUGCUGCAGAAGUACAAGAGCCUGUGCAUCUUCGACAUCCCCAAGUCGUGAGCGCCGAAGGACUGCCAAGCGAGCGGACAUCGAUGAGCGUCUGGCCCUGGUUUGUGAUCUUCUUUAGAAACUUCAAAGAUCUCACUUGUUUACUUCGCCUUGAUGCUUUAUGGCAACAAAUGUACAAAAGAUAAAGCGUUACGUAAAGGGGUGGCUUACGAAACUGUCGUUAUGAAGAGGAGGAGGAGGAGGAGGAGGCUCCUUACUUUAUUAGUAGGAAUUGAUUGCGCCGUUCAAGUUAACAUUUCAUUAGGCUGCUUAUUCUUUCUUUAAUUUCCAAGCUUUUCAGACUGGAACAUCAAUUAAUAAAGGCACGUCUGGUA